AUGGAUUUCCUCAAAUCAGCCGUCGCGUCCGCGAUCGCGAAGGGUUCCUCGUUCCCUUUCUCUCUCAGCGAUCGAGUUGAUAUCGGCGAUUCGAUCUGGACGCUUCACAACGGUACGAAACGGGAUGAUGGCUCGGCGUGCAGUGUUUUUACCUUCGACCUCGCGGCGAACAAGUCGCGUGCGCCGUUGGCGAGAAAUGCGAUUAGGAAGUCGAGGACCCUGAGGCAUCCUGGUGUUAUUAAGGUCUUUGAUACGAUUGAGACCGAGACCAAUCUUUAUAUCGUUACUGAGCGAGUCGCGCCCCUCGAGUGGCAAGUUAAGCGUCGGAGUCUCAGCGAGGAGACCACGAAAUGGGGAUUGUACGGUGUUUCGUCUACUCUCAAAUUUAUCAACGAGGAUGCUUCGUCCGUCCACGGUGCCGUCCGCGCGGCCUCCGUCUAUACAAGUGAGAGUGGGGAAUGGAAGCUCGGUGGAUUCGAUAUCCUAAGCUCCAUGAAGGAAGACGAUGCUAUCAUAUAUACAUACGGAAAUCUGGUUCCCGACUCACAUCGCUAUACACCACCGGAGGUAGUUAAAGGAGGAUGGGAUGUUAUCAAGCGUCAUCCCCUGGCGGCGGUUGAUGCAUACGGCCUGGGUAUUCUAAUCUUUGAGGUGUUUAAUGGUCAUUUUUCCGGCGGAGAUCAAGCCGGCAAGACGACCAAUAUUCCUCCAUCUAUGCAGCAGAGCUAUAAGCGUCUCUGCACAGCGAACCCAAAGCUUCGAUUGAGUCCUGCGCAUUUUGUUGAGCAGGGCAAGAAGCAUGGUGGAUUCUUUCAGACCUCUUUGAUUCGGUUGACUGAAGAUAUGGAGAGCUUGGGGUUGAAGAGCGAUGCCGAACGAGAGGAGUUUAUCAAUGAGCUUGAUACUCUCUCCGAUGAUUUCCCAGAAGACUUCUUCAAGAUGAAGGUUCUUCCAGAGCUGCUUAAAUCCGUGGAAUUUGGCGGUGGUGGUCCAAAGGUAUUGAGUGCUACCUUGAAGAUUGGAUCUAAGCUAUCCGCAGAUGAGUUCAACGCCAAGUUAACACCGGUCAUUGUGCGGCUAUUUUCGAACCCUGACCGGGCUCUGCGCGUCUGCUUGUUAGACAACCUUCCUUUAAUGAUCGACAAUCUUUCUCAGAAGGUAGUGAAUGAUAAGAUCUUCCCUCCAAUGACGUCUGGUUUCACAGAUGUCGCUCCAGUGGUUCGCGAACAGACCGUCAAGGCUGUUCUUUCAGUGAUCAACAAGCUUAGUGAUAGGGUCAUCAACGGUGAACUUCUCAAGUUCCUGGCCCGCACUGCCAACGAUGAGCAGCCUGGUAUUCGAACAAACACAACAAUAUGUCUUGGUCGAAUUGCCAAGAACUUGUCGCAAGGCACUCGUUCGAAGGUCCUCAUUGCUGCAUUUACCCGAGCUAUUCGGGACCCUUUCGUGCAUGCUCGAAAUGCCGGUCUCCUCGCAUUGUCCGCCACCAUUGAUGUCUUCACCGAGGAGGACUGCGCUGGAAAGAUUCUUCCUGCCAUUUGCCCUGCUCUCCUGGACAAGGAGAAGUUAAUCCGCGACCAAGCAAACAAAACCCUCGAUCUCUACAUCCAGCGCGUACGUAAAUUCGGCAACACUAUGGCAGAUACAAUCCUACCCCAAACAACCCCCGCCGAACCAAACAAAGCCGACACAUCCGGUGCACGGAUCGGCACAUCAAGCGAUAAGUCCUGGGCCGGCUGGGCCAUCUCCUCCUUCACCAACAAGCUCGCAGCCGCCGACGGCGAAAUCGAACCCACAGCUGCGUCCAAGUCUGCCGAAACAGAGGCGACGCGCUCCGCAUCCGUUCCUCGGCCCGCCAAAUCAUCACCAUCCACUCAAUUGGAACUUCCCAAGGAAACAACUCCCCGUCCCGCCGCCCAGCCACUUGGUCGUUCACUCUCCGAUCGACCAGUCCCGGUGGUACAGCAUGAGGCCGACGAGGGCGACGACGUCUUUGAUGCCUGGGGCGCAAUGGACGACGAUGAUAAUGAGGACGACUCAUUUAGCGCGGCUGUAGCCUCGCCCAAGCCCUCCUCGCCGGAUCCCUUCGCCAACAAACCUACCGCCAAACCUUUUGAUGACGGAGGCGAGCCUGACUUUGCUGGGUGGCUAGCUGCGAAGAACCAGUCUAAGGCCAAGAAGCCCUUGCCUAAGGGUCUGUCUAAGGUUGCUUCUACCAAUACUGCACCUACGAAAUCCACGGUUGCGGCGGCUAAGCCGCGGACUACAACGCCCGCUAAGACGAUUGAUACUAAGCCAAAAGAUGAGGAUGAGGAUGAUGGAUGGGGUGCUUGGGAUUAG